AUGGGGCCUUGCAACAUUCUGCGCAGUCAGGAUCCCGCUCUUGAAGAUGAGAGCGCUGACCGGGUGGCAAAGUCCAUGAAGUUGUUGGACGAGUACAGCGAGGAGAUGCAUCCGGGUCACAAACCUGGACGCUUUGCUGAAGUGGGCCCAGAGUUCGAAGGAAUGGAGUUUGAUGGCUUGAGGUGGAAGAUGCAAUCGACAGGAGGGGAUCCCUCGCAGUCUUCCCAGAGCCAGGCUCUCAUGACUUUGAGCGAAGAGGAUCGCAUGUUGGCCACAAAGUAUGAAGCGGCAGGUGGUCUUGGGCUGUGUCUGAAUCGGGCAUGGACAAUCCCGGACAAACUUCGUGCCGAAGCACGGAGCCUGCUACGAAGUGUGGCUGGCGAGCCGGAGGAAGGUGAUGAAGAGCUGAUGGCUGACUCCAUGCUGGACUCAGAAAGAGUGAAUGUACCUUGGGAUGAGCUCAAGUCCCAGCUGGGUACCAAAGAGGUAGGCCCUGUUGAAAGGGCAGCUCUCUUGCUUCAUGCUGCGGAUAUUGCUGAGGAACGUGAGGCGGUGAUGCGGAAUACUUGGAGUGACAUUGAAUUUGGAGGUGGGGAGAUGUCAAAUGCUGAGCUGGUCGCACGGCUUGAGCGACAGUUUGCAGGGCAGCUGGUUAAGUCAGCAGAGGUUCGAAUUCGUCAUCGAAAGGAGCAGGAGAAGAAGGCAGAGCAGGUGUUCUUGCAUUGCAUCACUAAGGAGCCCACCCUCCUUGGUCGUGUCACCAAGCUGCUGUGGAGGCCCUACUACGGAAUCGGACCGCACUUGCUGCAGUACAUGCUUCUGAACUCUGUGCGCUUCGGGUCCUUCAAUGCUGCUCAGGGCUACCUACAGCGUCGCGCUGGGCAGCGGCAGCUAUGGCUGUCAGAGGUCUUGGCAGCUGGCUUGUUUUCGGGUGGCUGCAUUGCUGCAACACUGCAUCCGCUCUUCGUGGUAAAGACGCACCAGCAGGUGAAUCGUUUGUCGACUUUGGAGGCCACAACGCGCCUCUGGCACGGUGAAGGCCUUCCAGGAUUUUUCCGCGCCUUCGUGAGUGGCUUCGUACGCUUUCCACUGGCGUUGGGAAUCUUCUUUGUAUCAUAUGAGGCAAUGAAGCGUGGGCCCGUGUGGCCUCGGCAAGAUAGCGGAAGUAAAGACACCUCCGGCGCUGCAGUUCAGCUGCGUAAUAGUGUCUAUGGGGCUAUGGCUGGAGUCCUUUGCUGGACCUCUGUCUUCCCUCUGGAUGUGGUGCAGAGCAGAGUGAUGGGAGAGGCAGUGUAUGGAGCAGGCCGUCAGUACACCGGGGUAGUCGCCUGUGCUCGUCAGCUCUACAACACAGAAGGUGUUGCUGGAUUCACACGAGGCUACUCUGCAGUGCUGAUGCGUGCUGGACCGGUGAAUGCAGUAUUGUUUCCUGCUGUGGAUGUACUGAAGCCCCUGAUUGAAGAGAAACUACCAGAGGGUUGA